UUUUCCGUGUUUUCUCAUGAUAGAUGUCGGACGAAGAAGUCCAGCACAUCAGGAGCAUCGCAUCAGUCUUCACCAAGAUCUGCGGCAAAGAGGAAGAAGCCUACUGGUUGACCCGCAACUUCUGGAAACACCUCAAGAAGCUUGCGGUCGACUCGGAUGCCAUGGGCAAGCAAGUGGAAGACACAUUGGAAAAGGAAGAUCACGAGCUGUUCAAGCAGCUGCUGAAGAUCAAGGCAUUCCCGGUGCUGCCUCUGGAGACGUGGUUCCAACGAUGUUUCGCUGAAGUUCUCGACGAGGACGCCUUGGUCAGGAUAUGGGACAAGGUGAUCGGUGGCUCGACCAAGAUCCUGCCCGACGUGGCGGCUCUCCUGCUGAUGUCCCUGAGAGCAGCCCUGCUCAGUGCUACCGUCACGGCCGAUGUACUUACUCUGUUGAGCAAGAUUUCCAAAGAGACAUCAGAAGCUGUGGUCAACAGGGCACUGGAAUAACCCUCUGGUGGCAUGCGACAACUUUAGGACUGCUUGUGACGUGAACAGACCCGUGCAGCCGAGAGGCUUUCUAGCGACAGCGUGCGUGCGUGCUUUUGUACAUAUAUGUGGUAAUGCGUGGUGGACUCUUGGUGUCAAGUGGGUGUGUCAGUGGUAUGCGAGAGUGUGAAUGUGAGAAGGUUGUGUUCAUGAAUUUGUUGUGCAAGUUAGGUUCAGUAACUAAUUAAAAAUGUAUGAGAUUAAAUGUCU